AAAGAUCAAAUUCGGCAAUUUGUUAUGUCGCUUGUGCGGUUAAGCGAGCAAAAACACGAAAAUGCAUUCAGUGGUGGAGCAGCUGGCGCUGGAUAUCGCGUAACGUUAAAGCUAGGUUCAAAUGGACCUGUUGGCGAGGCACUGAAAACUCUUUUCUUUGUGCCUUCUGCACAAAGCACUACGGACGCUAGAGCUAAACCUGCAAAGAGGACGCUUGAAGAGGUUCUUGUUGGUGACGAAGAUAUGCCAUAUCGGAGGAGGCAGUAUGUAGUGCGUUGUUUUGCUCGUCGACCUACACGUGGAUCAAGAGUAUUACCACAGCGCUUAUAUGGCUCAGUAUCGAAGGAGGAGUACAGGAUCUGCUUGGCGCUUUCAAAUGAUACUCGUUUCUUCUGA